GCGCGCAACCGAGCCAGGACUGCUACGGCGAGAGCGCGGUGCAAUGCCUUCCACGGACACCGGGAGCAGAGGAAACUUGUACUCAUUAUUUGUGGCUUGGACUUGCCUUGAAUGGAAAUGUAAGAAGACGAAAGGACGCUGCUGUAGGCUAUUUAGAUUUGCAAUGAUGAUUUCAAUUGUGUAGAUAUUUUGGUUGGAGCAUUUUUGCAUGUUAUUUUGUGUUUUUCCCAGUUAGUUAGGCUAUAGAAGCCAUGUUUUGUUUGGAUAGAGGAAUUGAUUUUACGCAGGUUCAAGAGAUGGGAUGAACUGACCUCAGGGCGCUAACUCCACCCAUCGGAUAGUAUCUUUAGCGGGCGGAGCGGAGGGCUUGUUUAGUUACGGGAUAUCUGACAACUCCAGCAGAAAACUUCACAAGGGCAAAGUCCGUUCAGCGUGAGUACGUGAGGAAGAAACGCUGGGAACUAAUUCACGUGUGGGAUUUAAAAGCAAGAAACGAUGCAAAGAUGGCGCUUAUAAUGGGGGCUGGAACUUGUAUGGUGCCAAAAAGUGGUUUUAUAGAAGUUUUAGUGCGCGAACAGUGGCAUAGAGUUUUUGUGAACCUGAAUGAGGAAACUCUCAUUUUGAGUUGCGAGGAUAGUGACAACUUGAACUCUAACGGUGUCAGUCAUGGGUCAUACCUGGACAACAACAAUGCCAACUCCAACAAUGCGCCCCAAAGCGUGCGCUCUGCUUUCACGGACCUUCCAGAAAGAGUGCCCGAGGCCAUCGCCAACAGGAAACGUAGUGUUAAGGUGACCAAGCAAGAGGUUGGGGGGCUGGGGAUCAGCAUCAAGGGCGGCAAGGAGAACAAGAUGCCUAUACUUAUUAGUAAGAUAUUCAAAGGUCUCGCUGCGGACCAGACCCAGGCGCUGUACGUGGGAGAUGCAAUCCUGUCCGUAAAUGGUGUGAACCUGAGGGAAGCUACGCACGACGAGGCUGUACAGACGCUCAAACGCGCCGGGAAAGAAGUUACAUUAGAAGUAAAGUACAUGCGUGAGGCCACUCCGUACGUGAAGAAGGGCUCUCCAGUGUCAGAGAUCGGUUGGGAGACCCCCCCUCCAGAGUCGCCUCGCCUAAGUCCCAGCAGCCCCUCGUCGUCCGUCUCAGAGCCCCCCAGCCCCCCUCUGCUGUCCCCCCAUGGAGACCGCAGGUGCAUUCCAUUAAAGAUGUGCUAUGUCACCAGAGCCAUGACAACACCAGACCCAGACAACAGACAGCUGGAGCUGCACUCCCCUGACACCAGACACACCGUGGUUCUGCGCUGCCCAGACCAGCCAUCUGCCCUGUCCUGGUUUGCCGCCAUGCACUCUGUCACCACGGCGCUGGCCCAGCGCGCACUGGCAGAGGUCAUACAGAACCACGGCAGGACUGGCAUCGCUGGCAGCAAGGAGAUCAGACACCUGGGCUGGCUGGCGGGGAAGACAGAGAGCGAGAAGCAGAGCUGGAAGCCGGUGCUGGUGGUCCUCACUGAAAAAGACCUGCUGUUAUUUGACAGUCUCCCACGAGGCCGAGACGCUUGGCAGAACCCCACACACACAUACCCUCUGUUGGCCACGCGUCUGGUGCAGUCUGGCCCUGACCUGGGCUCCCCUCACUCGGGCACAGAGCUGUACUUUGCCACUCGGACUGGCACACGGUUGGGCAUCGAGACGCACCUGUUCAGAGCUGAGACCACCAAAGACCUGUCUCUGUGGACCAGGCACAUCGUCACCGGCUGCCACACCUCUGCUGAGAUGAUCAAAGAAGUUUCCACCAGUUGUCUCUUCCAGGGGCAGGAGUGCAGACUGGUCAUCCAUUAUGAAAAGGGCUUCUCUGUGGUGACAGAUCCAAAGCGUCUAGACCAUGACAAUGAUGAGAUCCAAGUGGCCCAAACUCCAGUCAAACCUCGUGUGCUACUGUCGCACCCAUUUGAGAGGCUCAAGAUGUCCUCAGAUGAUGGAAUACGUAUGCUUUUCCUUGACUUCGGCAGCAAAGAAGGGGAGAUUCAGUUGGACCUUCACUCCUGCCCAAAGCCCAUCGUCUUCAUUCUCCACUCCUUUCUAUCGGCCAAAAUCUCCCGGCUGGGUUUAGUGGCCUGACCCCUGGACAGUGCAGCUCAACAACUCAGAUAAUUUCAGUCUGGAGGAUCAGUGAAUGUACCCCCAUCACUGGAUCAUAUUUGGGGCUCAAGGAGUGCUGCAGAAAGCUUUCCAGGCGGCUAGAUAUUAUGACUAAGUGUACUCUUGAAGGGCUGUGAAAGACUGUGGCUGAAGAAUCACAUGAGAAUAUACAGAAGGGUGCUAUGGAAGCAGAGGAGACUAAAACUAAAGACGGGCAUUACUGUUGGCAAUGUGUAGCACUGAGAUCAUAUAACUUUUAAAUUAAUUGUAUGCAUAUAAUUUAUUUAGUACACUGCAAAAAUUAAAUCUAACCUUACCUAAAAUGACUUGAAUUUAGAAUAUUAAUCUAGAAUUGGUAUAAUAUUUAUUUGCUUAUGUGUUAGAGGUUACAUUUAUUUUUGCCAGUGGAGUAAGUACUUUUUUCUUACCUCAAUGGCAAAUAAAUUAUACAUAAAUAAAUAAACAUUUUGAAGCAAGUCCAAUAAUCUAUGUCCACGAUCCAUCAAGUAAACGGGACUUAACUAGUCAAAACUACACACAUUAAAAUAAAUAUUAUAGAUUCGACUCGUUUCAGCUGGUCUAGAUAUUCAUUUUUUCAGUGUACAUCACUUCUAGCAUUAUCACACUACAUACUAAUUUGUGGAUAUCUAAACAACUUUUAAUUAAUCAACUUUGAAAAUAAAUGGGAAAUGCAUAAAAUUUGACUAUUGAUAGAUUGAUUGAUAGGUUACGACAUAAUUCACAGAUCACAAAAUUACAUUUGGCAAUUUCACAUGUGUUAAUUUUAAAUAGUGGUACUGAUUUAGCAUAACAUUUAUGUUUAUUUUGAAAUUUAAUUACUUAAUUAACUGAAAUUGAAAUUACGGACUAUGCAUGUAUUUUAAAUUUCACCUCAAUGAAUUAUGUCAAAUGAAUAGACUGAUUUUAGCUUGUUUUAGUUUUUUAUUUAUUAAUUGAUUUGUUCAUUUACAGCCUCAUCACUGUGAUUCACAUGUUUUAUUUUAUUUUUUCAUUUAAGUAGAUACUAAGACAAGAAUACAGACUGAAAACCUCAAGUGAAGAAAAGUGUUGGAGUAAUGUUUGAUUGUGUAUGAUGCCUUUGGCAGCUACUGUACUGUCACUAAGAGAUGUAAAGCUUAUUUUUUAACUAAAUCUCUUCACAUAAAUCAUGUAAUUAAAAAGUGUCAAGUGUG